AUGGGGACGCUCCCGGCCAAGGCGAGGCCCAAGGCGGACAAGGACGGCUGGGUGGAUCAGCCACGUGGGCGCCGUGCCCAAUGGCAGGCCCGCAGCGCGGCAUCGCGGGCGGCCUCCACCAAGUCGCAGACCUCGGCGUCGGCGGCGAGUGGGACGCCCAGCGGCGGAGGCGCCACGGCGAUCGAGAGGCUCCAGGCGGCAGUCGAGCAGCUCGAGGCGCUGCAGGCCGAGCCCCCCGACAGAGUCGACGGCUGCUUCACCGACGCCGUGGUCAGGCAGCUGGAGGCGAAGCGGGCCGAGUUGGUCAAGACCAAAAAGCAGCAGCGGGAGGCGAACGCCAUCAGCAAGGGCGAGAAGCGGCUCCGGGCAGCCCGCCAAGAGCUUGUGCAGAAGCAGGAGGCGCGCGACAUCGUCGAGGCCCAGCUCCAGAAGGCCCAGGAGGAGCUCGCAAAGCUCGACGCGCAGGUGGAGGAGGCGAGCCGUGCGCUCCAGGUGCUCGAGGAGGCAGCCCGCGAGGAGGCUGAGGCGCAGCGCCGCCAGCGUGCGGCUGAGUGGACAGGAGCCAGCCAGGUGCCAGGGCUCCUCAUGCAGCUGGAGAAGUUGCCAGAGGCGUGGAGCUCCAGCAACUUCGAGGUGGCAUGGGCAGCCAUUCGCGCACAGAUGGAGGCAGUGCGGGCGCAGCUCGAGGGAGCCCCAGCGGCCCCCACGCGUGCGCCGUGGGCCGAGUCCUGCCCCAUGGAGGAGAUCAGCAGCGACGAUGGCGAGCUCGCGGACGGCGGCGACCCCUGGCAGCCCCAGCCAGCCGCCGAGCGAGGCCAAGCCGAGCGGCACGGCGAGGCGCUGGGCGAGUGGCCGACGGUGGCCCAGGCAUGCAAGCGGGAGCUGUCGGAGAGGUGCAUGCAGGACCAGAGAGUGCCUAGCGAGGCCAGUGCGGCGGGCCUGCGCCUGCACGAGAGCGGCGCCGAGGGCGUCGGGAGCGACCUGGUAGGCCGCCGCGGCAUGGGCGUCCUCGGCAAGCCCAGGGGCCAGGAGAGCGCUGCAAGGCCCAGGUGGGACCUCAUCCUUCUGGGCGCCGAGGAGAACGUAGUUGGGGCCAUCGAGUUCGGCCCUAGCGAGUGGGGCGACCGCGACCGCAGUGACCAAGCUGGCGUACAUGGUGACCCCGAGGCUACUGCAGUGCUGCAGCGGCGUCUCGCGAGCUCCCUGAAGCGAGAUGGCGGCAAGAGUUCGGCCUCCUGCAGGAUUUGGGCCAAGCAUGCCGUGCAGAAGGGCGACAGGCUCGCCCGCAGGGUCGCCAAGGCUGUGCCGCCCCUGCCAGUGGUGAAUCCAGAGGCUAGGUGGCCCUUGGCAGGCGCGAUGGCAUUUGAGCAGCUGGAGGCCAACUGGCAGGCCAUGUGGCAGCAGGAGGGCCUCAGGGCUGGAGCUGGAGUCGUCAGCUGGGACGUCCGAGGCUCAACGCUGCCGCCCCUCAACCUGGAGAUGCUGCAGGCGGUCCGCAAGCGUCACUCGCUGGCGGCGAGCCUGGACGCUGACCAGCUCCACCCACGGCAGCUGCUGCCGCCCCCCUCGGCCCUGCGCCUGCGCGGCCUGGCCCUCCCGGAGGCCCACGAGGAGCAGCCCAUGGCCCUCGAGGCCGCAGCAGGCCUGCACCGCGCCUCGCCCGUCUACGAUGGGGAGCGGACCCAGUGGGGCGGCGACUGGCGCCUCAUGCCAGAGCGGUGCAUGGCCAUGGACCUCAGCGACGCGCUCGGGCCCGUGUUCCUCGAGCCGCAGGCGCAGCCCGCGGCGGCAUCGGAGGCCCAGCAGGCUGGAGAAGCCCUCGGCGGCGGAGCUCCAGCCGCGCGGCCCCACCUGGAGGACAGCCGCUCGACGGG